AUGAUUGAUCCGAAAUCCCUAAUAGUUGAUAGCCCGCAUUAUGACCCCUUGGCUGAUGGAGUUUCGGGAAGUGAUGAAUUGAACGAUUUCUACUAUGCCGGUGAAGAUGAGAGUAGUCUUACAACAGAAUCGGAUGAACUUUCUUUGGAUUUACCCAUUGAACUGAACACCUCAGCUCCUCCCCUCAUUUGCCUCCUUCCUGAUUACGCAGAAGCGCGAGUUGACAUUCUGCGAAAAAUCGAGUACCUGGCACGAGCUGGUUUGGGCAAAGCGGUCAACCAACUCGAUCGCUUGGUUCAACUCUAUACGGAAAUCAACGAAGCUCGACAGUGGAUAUCUAAAGGAGGCAACCUAAAUGCGCCGUUGACACCUGAACGCAUCACAGAAAUGGAUCCAGCAUUUUGUGAAGAGACCAUUAAACAACUGAAUGCCUUCCUUGAAUCUCGCGAAGCGAAUCUGGUACUCAAAGGCAAUCCGGGGCAGUUCAGGAAGCAGUUUUCGGAUUUACUCAAUUCUGAAAUGAAGUCACGGUGUUCGCUAAAUUGGACUUUAGUCCUCUCCGCUCAUUGGUAUAGUAGAUUGCAAAGUCAGAUGAUGUGGACUAUCUUAAACUAUAUACACCCCUCAGUUAAGUCUUCUCAGCUGAUAUUUGCUCGCAGAUCGUCAAAGUCAAUGAGCCGGAGUCCACUUCAUCAUCCUGAUAAUUGUGUUCAUAGUCUUUCUGUUGAUGCUCAGCGAUAUCAGGUUGAGUUGAGUCAAAUGCUAAGAUCCGUUGAAGAAAUGGAGAAUUCACUCAAAAUGACUAUUUCCAACUUGCGACAACAGAUCUCAAGGAAUACCUUUCCAAUUAAAGUUGUUCCUCCUGCCCAACACCAACAUCAUAAUCAGCCACAAACCCAGCAGAAUAGCUCUACGCUUUCUGUAGCUCGACAGAAGACAACUAAUGGGAUGGAAGAAGCCAAAGAGGAAUCGAGUAGAUUACAGACCGUAGAUUACAGUCGAGGCCAUAUUCUUCUUUGCCUUAUUCUGGGCUCUCCUGGUUUCGAGGACGACGCUAGCCCUUGUGGUUUCUUGACUCAUACUGCCUUAGUCAUCUUCAAUAAUAUUUACGAGCUCCCUGUCUUAUUCUACAUUCCACAGAAUCCUGAGAAUCCACAGACGACACUCCAGACGUCAUCGUCGCCUGAAUCCAAAAUUAUCCCCGAAGACCGUAAACUGACCAAUCAAAAAUUGUACCAACGAGCUCUGCAUGAACUACUUUCCACAGAGGUUAAUUACAUAAAAUUUCUCGAAGCUGUUACGGAAACUUUCUCGCCCAGUCUUUGUGAUUCCAACCUGCCAAGAUUGCCAAAUUUUAUUAGGGAUAAUCGGGCUCUAUUGGUUGUCAAUCUGCCGGAACAACUGGCUUUUCAUAAGAACCACUUCUAUCCCCAAUUGCUGGCCUGUGAUGGCGAUCCCUUCUUAAUAGAAAAGUGGGCUGAUUCCUCGGUGAGUUUCACCUUAUUUCUCUCUCUCUCUCUCAUAUCAUUCAAAAAGUUCUCAGAAUGCCUAGUUGAUCACAUGCUGAGUGUGGUAUGA